AUGGGUACUAUUGGAAUCCCAUAUACUGUCUACUACGGGCUUGGCCUCGUUAUAUGUGCCAUCUGUCUAGUUCUUGUAGAGUCCUUGAGACCUGUUGACUCGAAACUCCUACUCCGCACAAAACGAUGGAGAAUGCCUCCGGGGCCGCCAGGCCAACCAAUAGUAGGAAAUCUAUUGCAAAUGUUUCAAGCUCGACGCAAUCCUCGUGCUUUCAAUGAAUGGCUUGCUUCCUUGAGACCUUAUGGCGAGAUGGCGACGCUUCACAUGGGCUCUCAGACGUGGGUUGUUCUCAACUCGGAACGCGUGGUCUCCGAGCUCAUAGCUAAGCGCGGAAAGAUCACAAAUGAGAGGCCCCAUAUGCCUGUUGCUAGCGACCUCGUUAGCAAUGGGAAACGUACCGUGAUCAGACAAGAAGCAGAGUGGAAGGAGGGGCGCCGAGUGAUGCACCAAUUGCUCAGCGGUUCAAACCUCAAGGUAUACGCGAGCAUGCAAGAGCUCGAAAGCAUUAACCUCCUUCGCCUCUAUCUUAGACAGCCAGACCUAUGGUUUGCUCAUAACUUUCGCUAUUCCACAUCAGUGCUGUAUAGGAUCGUCAUGGGCUAUCCUCUGAACAAACCGAAGGCUCAGCUCGAUGACUACCAGAGGGUAACGAUAGAGUUCGUGAGGAGUAUCAACCAGAGCUUUGUGGACUUCUUCCCAUCCUUUAGCAAACUUCCUCGUUUCCUUCAGCCAUGGCGAAAAUACUGGGCUGAUAUGGGCGCAUUUCACCGCCACGUCUUCCAAGAAUGGUGGGAGCCCAUUCGAACUGCCGUGGGCAAUGGUUCUGCACCAGCGUCUUUUGUCCGCGACGUCCUCCUCCAUCCAGAUAUCAAAUUUGCCGGCAGUGAUGAAGAGGCCAUGUACCUGGCCACAUCUGUCAUGGCAGCAGGUGGAGAUAACACCCGCAUGAGCAUCAACACGUUUGUCAUGGCUAUGAUAUCGCGGCCCGGGGCGCAGAAACGUGCACAGGCAGAAGUAGACCGGGUCUGCACGGACGGCAAGACGCUCAGACUUCCCCAGAUGACAGAUCUACCCGAGAUGCCAUAUAUAGCAGCAAUGAUCAAGGAAGUUCUACGCUGGCGACCGACUGUUCCGGUUAUCCCACCCCACCAACUUACGGAGGAUCUCGACUUUGACGGAUAUCGCAUUCCUGCCGGCACCAGCUUCUUGAUCAACUCAAUCGCGCUAUCCAAUGAGUUUGAGGACCCGAACGAGUUCCAACCGGAAAGAUGGAUUGACGGCUCAGAAUCGAACGCUACAGCUAACUUCUGGGGAUUUGGCGGAGGUCGCCGAAUAUGCGUAGGCUGGAAAGUAGCUCAGCAAGCUCUGUUUCUUGCAUUUGCCCGUUUGAUAUACUGUUUUGACUUGGCUCCAAAUAGUCCCGUCGACGAUAGGAAACUUAACCACCAAACCGUCGACGAGCCGUUCCCUGUUAAAGCUACGAUCCGCAGUGCCGAACAUGCUUUGCUCAUUGAGAAGGAAGCAUCUAAAUACGAGACGCAAUUUUCUACAUUUUAG